AAUAAACUGCAGCGACUGCGAGCCGAGGGGCUGGUGGAGCGCCUUGGGGCGCAGUGAGGGCACCCGCGAGCCCAGGGCGAAGAGUCCAACAGACUGCGCUCUGGGAGCCUUACAGAUGGGCAGCAGGACUACAGAAUAGUACCCCUAAAUGGAGAGAGAUUACAGGGCUGAUCAGAAAGGAUGAGAAACAAGAAAGAUACUCUUUAUUUCUGAAAGAGGACGUCCUCCAAUUCUUCCCUCACCUUCCCUGUUGCUAUGGAGACCACCAAUGGGGCUGAGACCUGGCAUGAGAGCCUGCACGCUGUGCUGAAGGCUUUAAAUGCCACUCUUCACAGCAACUUGCUCUGCCGGCGGGGGCCAGACAACCUGACUGAGGAGAAGCGGGCCAGCCUGCCUGGCCGCAAUGAUAACUCCUACAUGUACAUCCUCUUCGUCAUGUUCCUCUUUGCUGCCACUGUGGGCAGUCUCAUCCUCGGAUACACCCGCUCUCGCAAAGUGGACAAGCGCAGCGACCCCUAUCACGUGUACAUCAAGAACCGUGUGUCUAUGCUCUGAUGCUAAGAGGCCGGGAAUAGCAGAAGAUCAAGACACCUGACGAUUAUCUUCUGGGGCCUCCAGGACUCAGCUAGGGGCCAUAUCCAGCCUCUGUGUCCUUAUCUGUAAGACUAACAAGAAACAGUGCUAAGGGAGGUCAUUGUCAGGGUGGGAAGAGAAGAUCUGAUGGACCUGGGCCUUGUGGAUAAGGAUUUUUUCCAGCAAAGAUAGACUUUCUAGCCUGUGGGAGCCCUCUGAACAAAUACAUAGACACAGCAACAUAUAAUAAAAAGUGAGUGGCCUAGUUGCCAGAGUGUUGGGGGCUAGGAGUUCAAGGAAGGAGAAGAGGAAGUCAUAGCAAAGGGAAAUGAGAUAGGAAAAUACCCUGAGGACACAGUUUUUUGAUGUGUUAUGGUGAUGAUUAUCCCAUAUCACAGAUAGGAAAUCUAAAUUAUAAGCUUUAUCACAGUUGUUCACA